UGCGCACCGUCGCCAUCUUUAAUAGAACGGCCAGUUUGCAGGCCCUUGGGAGGCCGACUGGGCAUAGUACACUCUGGUUGUCUCGGCUUGCUCUGGUUACAUCGUGUUGUGGGAGGGGUGUCAUGGCUGACGACCUUGAUGUGGAGGCCUUGCUGGAGGCACCCUACAGAAAGGUAAUGGCCAGCUUCCUUUUAUUCGAAACUGGUCUUGUCUAGACCUAGAGAUGUAAAGUGCGCUCAAUGACCUCAGUUCUAUGCUCUUUGAGAUACCGGCUGCAGAGUUUUAUUUGGUUUCUGUAGAUCUUGUUUAAGACUCGAAAGUACUGGAGCUUGGAGACAAAAUGUUGCCAGAUUACGCUCAACAAAUAUUUGACAAGGUACAGAUCUUUAUUGCAUUGGCUUUUGUUGCUUGUCUUUGAUGCCUUGCAUUGGGAGACUUCCUUAGUUGUCAUUAAGCUUUUGACACCUUAUUGAGCUUCACUGCCAGAUAUAGUGUGUGGCUUAGUUCAUUUUUGUUUUGACUGAAAGAGGUCUUUGACGACGUCGCUACAUAAUGUGUCCGCUUUGUGUCUUAUAGACCCCCCACAAUAGACACCAGCACUUCUUCCCUAGCUACCAUUGGGAGACUGCAAGAAGGUAGUAACCUCUGAAGGGCAUCAUCACUUGAACAUUUCUUACUCUUUGUUUUUUCUCAUCUGUUUUUACAUUAGCAGAUUUAUUUAGUGCUUAACAAACUUUGUUUUUGUUAGUGAUACUACCCAUAAUGUUAAAGUAAUUUUUGGCAGUUGUUAAGAUAGGAAUUGCACUUUUCUCUUUUUAAAUAAUUUAUUUAUUUUUGCCUAAGACACCAAGUUGUGUUGCAAUUAUCACUGCCAUAAGCUAAUGUCAUUGCACAUGCAGAAGAUAAUUAAGCUAGUGAAGCGUACAUGUGCAAGUCGCGUGAAAGAAACAACAAGGCUCUCGGUUCUGAAAUGGUGUACCAUUCCUCUUGUCUCAGGGAUGGCUGGGAAAAAGAUGGCUGCCGCCCCCCACGUUUGAAACUCCAGCGAAGCCAUUUUCCUUGGAGGCUGAUUUCUCACAAAACAAAGCGAAAGCAAUAUGCAAACAGACAUUCGUGCCCUUUGCUUUCUCUCUCUCUCUCUCUCUCCUUGGAACCUUUUUUCUUUUUUUUUCUUUUUUCUCUGGUUUCUCUAGGUCGUCCAACGGACAGAUGUUCAUUUUCUAUCCUGUGUAAGUGUGCUUAGUACUGUGAGUUAUGUGCCCAAAGGGUGAGUGAGUGGGUGAAUGAGUGCCAUCCAAUAGGCAAGCUAAGGCGCUUUUCUAUUUGCAUUCUGUUUUAACCGUCUUAGGACUACGGGAUCUUGUAAAUGUUGCUUAGGCAGGUGGUAAAGGUAUAGAGGCUCUGUUGGGGCAGCUUUAGGGGGCUUGCUAGAACUUCACUACUCUUGCAAUUUAGUUCACAGUCAAGUGCAAGAAAAUGGAGGUGGGGGGGGUGGGGGCUAGGUGUUAGUGUGUGUGAGUAUAUGAAUGAUUGGGUUGCUUGGCAUGUGCGGCCGUUUCUCUUGCAGGUUCAUCUGGAUGAUGGGCUGAGGUAACACUAUUGACUUUGCUGUAAUGUGCCUGAACUGGCAGGACUGACAUUGUGGGGAUCUGAUAGGAUAAGGGGAGCCAGCAUUGUUUGGCACAUUUGGGGUUGUGAACCUGGUGGGGAAAACAGCAAUGCCACAUUGAACAGUUGGGUUGUUUGAGCAGUGUGCCAGGACAAGCAGAGUCUUGCAGGCUUUGGUGACUUGCCCCAGCUGCUUGCUGUGGGCAGCUUUGGACGCAUCCUCUGGCAAGGUUCACGUGACCUGUGGGAGGCUGCUGUUCCUAGGCUUUUUCUUGCAGGGACUCUGUGGCGUGGUUGCUCAUGCUGUGCUCUUGCCCCCUCCCCCUUUUCCCCCCUUUCGUCUGCUGACCUGCUCACCUUGUCGUCGGCUGGGUCCAUCACCAAUGCAACCAUGGCCUGGCGGGAACCGUGGGUGUCUUGGUGCUGCUUUUUUGAUCCUCUCAACAAAUCUCAACAGGAGGAACUGAAUGGGGCUGCUUCGAGUUCUAUUCAGCAUGGGAUGCCCUCUCAGGAGGGGGCCAAGGGGUCGGCCGACAAGGAGAACAGGCAUAAGAAGAAGCGGAGCCGGAGUCGAGGACGAAGCCGCAGCCGUAGCCGCGGGCGGCACCGCAGCAGGAGCCGGGACAAGCGCCGCUCAAGAUCACGCUCGCGGGAGCGCCGACGCAAGCGUUCACGCUCCCGCAGCCCUGGUCGUCGUAGGGGCCAUCCCCCUCCACCUCCUCCCCCACCCAUGCAUCGCAGCAGGAGCCGAAGCCGGGACCGACGCAGGCGGCGCUCCAUGUCACCGAGAAGGAGAUAUUGUUUUCCCAAAAACAGCAAGGUUUCGCCGUUCGACUCGCAUCCACCCAGGGGCCCGGAUGACAUAACCCCAGAGGAGAGGGACAUGCGCACGGUGUUUUGCAUGCAGCUGUCUCAACGGAUUCGUGCAAGGGACUUGGAGGAGUUCUUCUCAGCCGUUGGCAAGGUGCGGGAUGUCCGCCUCAUCAUGGACAACAAAACGCGAAGGUCGAAAGGCAUUGCUUAUGUGGAAUUCCAAGAUGUAGAGUCCGUGCCCUUGGCCAUGGGCCUCAAUGGCCAGAAACUGUUUGGCAUCCCCAUCGUGGUUCAGCCGACCCAGGCAGAGCGUAAUCGGGCAGCUGCCCAGAGUGCCAGCACCAGUAGCAGCACCCUUCAGCGGGGCAACAUUGGGCCGAUGCGCCUCUACGUUGGCUCUCUUCACUUCAACAUCACAGAGGACAUGCUCAAAGGCAUCUUCGAACCAUUUGGCAAGAUUGACAAGAUUGAGCUGAUAAAGGACAUGGAGACGAAUCGCUCCAAGGGUUACGGCUUUAUCACAUUCCACGAUUCCGAGGAUGCCAAGAAGGCCCUGGAGCAACUGAACGGCUUUGAGCUGGCUGGGCGUCCUAUGAAGGUGGGGCAUGUGACGGAACGCACGGACGUGUCCCAGGCGCCCAGCUUCCUGGACAGUGAAGAGCUUGACCGCAGUGGCAUCGACCUCGGGGCUACGGGCAGGCUGCAGCUGAUGGCCAAGCUGGCCGAGGGUACUGGCUUCCAGAUCCCCCAGGCGGCGGUGAAUGCGCUCCAGAUGAACCCCAUGGGCCUUCCGGGCCAGCCUCAGGGGGCCGUGGCGGCAGCAGCCACGGCGCCCACGAUUGCCACCCAGUGUUUCCUCCUGUCCAACAUGUUUGACCCCCUGACGGAGACAAACCCAUCGUGGGACGAGGAAAUUCGCCGAGACGUGAUGGAGGAAUGCCGCAAGCAUGGUGGGGCGCUGCACGUCUACGUGGACCAGGCCUCUCCGGAGGGACACGUUUACGUCAAGUGCCCCACCAUUGCCUCGGCCGUGGCCUCGGUCAACGCGCUUCACGGCCGCUGGUUUGCAGGACGCAUCAUCACAGCUGCCUAUGUUCCUGUCAUGAGCUACCAUACAUUGUUCCCGGACUCUGCUACAACAAAUGCCCUCCUGUGAAAGGAAGCAGGCAGCGUUUCCCGAGACUCCAUGCCCCCUGCCCUGUUUUACACCUGUUUUUAAAGGGGAAAGUUACCGUCCUCUUUGCAGAUUUUUUUUUUGUCACCCCCAACAUUUUAAUGUAAAUAGAUGAGACAUUAAUCCUUAAGUGUGCACCGGUAAUAAAUCAUUUUUGUAUGAAUGUCA